AUGAGAGAGGCGACCGCGGUGAACGUAGUUCAAUUCCUAGUACAGGAAGUGUUCUACAAGUUUGGGGUGCCCGAGUUGAUCCACUCCGACAACGGAAAACAGUUCCUGUCGAAGAUCUUCCAGGACAUGAUCAGCACCUUUGGCGUCCGACAUCUGCGCACAGCAGUCUACUCACCACAGAGCAAUGCCGCCGAGAGGCAAAUGUUCCUUGAUGGGAACUGCUAUAAGUUGGCGAGGAAGCUGCAGUCGCUGACGGAGCAUGAGGUGCACGCAUUGGACCCUGCGAAUAAAUGCCACAUCAUCCGGGAACGUAUUAAGGCCAACCUUCACCAAGCGUAUGAGCGCAGCAGCCAGCGCUACAACAAACGGGCCCGAAUAUUCUUCGCCAAACCUGGGCAAGAAGUAUACAGGCGCAACUUCACCCUCAGUGACUUUGGGAAGAGCUACAACGCUAAGUUCGCCCGGAAGUUCCUGAAGUGCCGAGUCGUACGCCCGGUUGGAAAUAAUGCCUAUGAACUUGAAGACCUGGCGGGGAAUCCGGUGGGGAUUUUUCACGCCAAAGACCUGAAAUUGUAG